UAUGACGACCGAGCUACCCGCAAAUACCUCAAUAACGAUUCAGAGUUUCAAUGGUGCAUGAAUUGUUCAUCCGAACAGAAGCAUGAAGGCGGGUCGGGGCAGAAAAUCUUCACAUGUGCAGAAUGCAGAUUUCGCAUGUGCGUUGUUCAUGGGAGGGAGUCGCAUGAAGGUGAGACCUGUCGUGAGUUCGACAAUCGCAUGGACCAAAGCAACAAAUGUCACGCGCAAAAAACGGAGAGCAUCACGAUGAUUAGCAAUAUCACGAAGAAAUGCCCCGGCGAAAACUGCGGCUGGAGCAUCGAGAAGCACAAUGGAUGUGACCAUAUGAGAUGUAAGUGCGGGCACGAAUUAUACUGGCUCUGCUCCGCACCAUGCAGUCGUAUUUGGCGGGACGGAAAUACCGGGCAUGAGAAGAGCUGCAAGUAUCACACUAGUAAGAUGUAA